CGCCUAGCGGACCUCAUGUGGGAGUUGCACAACAUAUGGGUGCUGCCACUACAGAUCGUAUGCGCCCUCAUCAUCCUUUUCCAUGUGGUGGGCAUAUCCAUGCUCUCCGGCCUGGGAGUGAUGCUGGCAGUCAUGCUCGCCAACCUUCUAGUGGCAUCCGGCAUCCACCGAUUCAUAACCGAAAUCAUGUCAGCCAAGGACGCGCGCAUGAAGGCCACCUCGGAAGCCCUCUCCUCCAUGAAGAUCAUCAAGCUCUACGCGUGGCAGCAGCACUUCCAGGACAAAAUCCAAUCGCUCCGCGACUCCGAAGCCUCCUGGCUGGUCAAAUUCAUGGCCUACGCAGCAGUAAACAUCUUCCUCCUCUGGCUCACCCCUCUCGCGGUCUCGGUCGCGACUUUCGGCACGAUGGUGGCUCUCGGUGUGCCGCUUACCCCGGCGUCGGUUUUCACUGCGAUUGCGACUUUCAGGAUUCUGCAGGAGCCGCUGCGGUCGUUCCCGUCGGUGAUCAGCGCGGUCACGCAGGCCAUGGUGUCGUUGAAACGGCUUUCGAGGUUUUUGUCUGAUGAGGAGUUGCAGUGGGAUGCGGUGGAGAGGGUUGGAGAGGGAGGAGGGAUGGGUGGAGAGGGAAUGCGGGAUGGUCUGAAUGGUAAUGGGUAUGGAGGUAAUGGGGGUAUCAGUCAGCAGCAGCAGGAUGGGGAGGGGGAGGAGAGGGGGGUGGAGAAAGGAAAUGAGGAGCCAGUGGAGGGGAAAAGGAAGAAGGAAGGUGAUGAUGACGUGGUGGUGAGGAUUGAGAAUGGCACGUUCAGCUGGGAUGCGGACCCAGAGAAGACCACGUUGACUGGCGUUGACCUGGAGAUCAGGCGGGGCAUGCGCGUGGCGGUGUGUGGGACGGUGGGCGCGGGCAAGUCGUCUCUUCUGUCCUGCAUCCUGGGUGAAGUGCCCAAGCUGCAAGGGAAGGUGUUUGUCUCGGGUCCCACGGCCUACGUGCCUCAGUCCGCGUGGAUCCAAAACGCCACCAUCCGGGACAACAUUCUGUUCGGCCAGCCCUUGGACCGAGCCCGCUACCACCACACGCUGCACCAGUGCUCGCUCCUCGCUGACCUGCGCCUGUUUCCUUUGGGGGCCGACACGCAGAUCGGGGAGAGAGGGGUGAAUCUAUCCGGGGGGCAGAAGCAGCGGAUUCAACUGGCCAGGGCGAUGUAUGCAGGGGUGGGGAUGGGUGCGGAGGUGUAUCUGCUGGACGAUCCGUUCAGUGCUGUGGACGCGCAUACCGGUUCAGAGCUCUUCAUGGAGUAUGUGCUCAAGGGCCUGGCAGGGAAGACAGUCAUCCUGGUGACGCACCAAGUGGAGUUCCUUCCCGCUGCUGACCUCAUUCUGGUGAUGAAGGAGGGGCGCAUAGUGCAGUCAGGGCGCUAUGACCAGCUGCUGGCAGAGGGAACGGACUUCAGUGCUCUCGUGGAGGCACACACUGAUGCGCUCGAGAGUCAACCCGUCGAUCCAAUCCACAGCAACCCGCACCUCUCGCAGCUUCGGAAACAAUCCGCACCGAACCUGCGAAAAGGCUCGGAACCGAACCUGCUGCGCAAGGCCUCGCACUCGCAGCUUCGGAAAAUGUCCGACCCUAUGCUGCUGCACACAGCCUCCCCAGAAUCCCACCAGAUUCUAGAGAACAUGGAAGUGGGGGAAUCAGAUGGUGCUGCUGCUGGUGCUACUGGUUCUGCUGGUGGUGCCGGUGGUUCUUUAGGGGGGGCUGCAGGGGAGGACGGGGAUGGGCAGUUGAUCAGUGAGGAGGAACGGGAGUCUGGGCGGGUUUCUUUGGCUGUAUACUGGCAGUACAUGACGAAAGCGAUGGGCGGCUGGCACGUGCCGCUGCUGCUGCUGGUCCAGCUGGCGUGGCAGGCGCUGCAGAUCGGAUCUGACCUGUGGCUGGCCACGUACAGCUCAGCAGGGGCGGAGAACAGCUCAGCAGAAGCAGGAUACACGUCAGCAGGGGCCGGAUUCAACAAAAGUAUUCUAAGCAACCUCACCUCUCCUCUCUCCUCUCCUCUCGCCUCGAGUCUUUCCUCCUCCUCCUUCACCCCAUCCUUCUCCUCCUCACUCUCCUCCUCCUUCUCCUCCCCUCUCUCAUUCCUCACCCCCUCAGCCAUCACCCCAUCAGCCUUCAUGAAGCUAUACUCGUUAUUAGCUCUGGGCAGCGGCCUGUUUGUGCUGCUGCGUACAGCAGUCAUAUCGUGGGCGGGUGUGAUGACCACCCAGGCGUUCUUCCGAAGCAUGCUGCAAACUGUAUUCCGAGCGCCCAUGUCCUUCUUUGACUCUACUCCCAUCGGACGAAUCUUAUCCCGGGCCUCUACAGACCAAAGUGCACUCGACUUGGACCUGCCAUUUCAGUUUGGCUCGCUGCUCGCCAUGGUGUUCCAGCUGCUCGGCAUUCUCUUUGUCACCUCCUACAUCACGUGGCCUGUGUUCUACGCCAUCAUCCCAUUGACGUACCUCUACUUCUCUUUCCAGGAGUACUAUCUAAUGACAUCGAGGGAGCUCUCUCGUCUGAACGGGGUUACCAAGGCGCCCAUCAUUGAGCACUUCAGCGAGUCGCUGUCAGGGGCAGCAGUGAUUCGAGCAUUCGCCCAGCAGCCCCGAUUCGCUCAAAAGAGUGCAGAGAGGGUGGACACCAACAAUCGAGUGGCAUUUCAUUACGGCGCAUGCACCGUGUGGCUGGGUGUGCAUCUGGAGCUGCUAGGGGCGCUGUUGCUGUGCUUCUCGGCUUUCAUGCUCGUGUGGCUGCCUCCUUCAGUCAUUUCCCCAGGUUUAGCGGGCAUGUCUCUGUCGUACGGUCUCGCCCUCUCUCAAGGCCUCUUCUACGUGGUGUGGGUGUGGUGCGCGCUUGAGAACCAGAUGGUCUCCGUAGAGCGAAUCCUCCAGUUCUCCCACCCCAACGUGCCCCCCGAAGCACCGCUCUCCAUCCCUUCCCACCGCCCUCCAUCCUCCUGGCCCGACCGCGGCGCAAUCACCUUCGAAAACCUCCAAAUCCGGUACCGACCGGACCUCCCAUUGGUUCUCAAAGGCGUGAGCUUGCAGAUCAACGGUGGAGAGAAGGUCGGGGUGGUCGGGAGGACCGGUAGCGGGAAAUCAACGCUCGUCGUCGCUCUGUUUCGGCUCGUCGAGCCAACGGCAGGCCGGGUGGUAAUCGAUGGUGUGGAUACAACCAGGAUCGGGCUGGCGGACCUGAGGAGCAGGCUCGCGAUCAUUCCUCAGGACCCGACCCUGUUCCAAGGCUCGGUUCGGAUGAAUGUGGAUCCGGCUGGGGAGUAUCGGGAUGAGGAGAUCUGGGAGGCGCUGGACAGGUGCCAACUGGGGGAGGUGGUUCGUGGCAUGGAAGAAAAACUGGAAGCACAAGUGGUGGAAGGAGGGGAGAACUGGAGUGUGGGGCAGAGGCAGCUGUUCUGUCUCGGGAGGGCCUUGCUGAAGCGCACCCGCAUUCUUGUGCUGGAUGAGGCAACAGCGUCCGUUGAUUCCGCGACCGACGCGGUGAUCCAACGGACGAUAAAGGAGUGCUUUGGCGACGCCACCAUCAUCAGCAUCGCGCAUCGGAUUGCGACUGUGAUCGACAGCAAUAAAGUGGUCGUCAUGGACCAAGGCACUGUAGCCGAGUGUGACGAGCCGGCUAAGCUCCUGGAGGAUAAGACAUCCAUGUUCUCGCGUCUUGUAGCCGAGUACUCUGCUCGCUCCACCGACAUGGCGGAUGUUGCAAGGAGCACGUCCAUAGAUAACCUGGAAGCUGUUGGAAAAUGGCCGCCGCGGGUGCGCGAGGGAGACGCGGAAGGCGAGGGAGGCGUGGAGGCGUCUUGGGAAUUGCUGCCGCUGUCGCCGUCAGGAUCAGACAGUGAACACUCGGACACGGAGCGACUGGAAGACGAGGAAACAAAGCAGUUGAAGGGCGUGGACACGGAACAGUCAGAAAAUAAGGAUGCGGAGCGAUUGGAGCACGGAUUACGAGUGCUGGUUUCUGAUGGAAUCGAGAUUUCAGGCGACGUAUGUGCUCUCUGCGAUAGUGUUGUUGCUGACGUCGACUCCCCGCCUGCUGACGGAGACUCCCUGCUUUUUGACGUUGAAUCCCCACCUGCUGACGUUGAAUUUCUUCCUACUGACGUCGGCUCGCAUCCCGUGGAUGUGGAGCGCCCUUACGUGCCCGAGACUACGUCAGAUGACGGCCACCUCACGCAUCAGCAGCCAGCUGAUCAGACGGCUGAGCUGACGGCCGAAUUGACGGCUGACCGUCAGCAGCAGGAAGCUAAGGAGACGGCUGGAGAGGGGCCGGUGGCUGCUCCCGUAGCUUGUCCAGACGCCGUUGACGCCGCCUCUCACGCUGCGAACGAGGGAGGGGACGGGACCGAGGGGAUUCUAAGCGAGGGUGGGAAGGAUGACAAGAGUGAAGGAAGUGAGAUACCGCAGGAGCAGGAGAAAACGAAGAGCGUUCUGCUGCUGGUCGAGGCGGAUCUCUCUUCUGCCUCCGCCUCUGGUGCUGCUACCGCCAGCAGCAACGAUCAGGCGAAGCUGGCUCAGCGCCUGGCUGGCGCUCUGCUGCACAGCGCAGGUGCCACCCCCCCUUCUCCGGCAGGCACAGAUGCAUCGCCCCCAGGUGCCACCUCCCCCGCUCCUCUGCCACUCAGGCCGGCUGUAGGAGAAGGCUCUUUGGGGGUUUUGCCUGCCGUGGGGGAGUUGAGCUCAUCUUUGUUGGUGGUGCCGUUUGCCCCAGCAGCAGCUGAUUUUCUGCUGGCGGAUAUUCUGGCGUCUGGGCUCGAACCACUGCCUGCUGCCACUGCUGACGUGGACAAUUUGAAGACUAGCAGCCAAUCAGCGGAUGCCACCUUAGCGGCAGGUGUCACCUCUUCUUCGUCUUUCAAUCCAGUGCCACCAGUGCUCGUGUCAGUGGCCGUGCCUGUGCUCUCUGCAACGGACCUGAACGAAGUCCGGCUAUUGCUGUGUGAAAGGGAAGAGAAAAGGUGUGAGAAGGAGGAGGGGAAGGAGGUGGGGCGAGAUUCUACCGCUGCUGUUGCUGCUGCUGCUGCUCUUGUGAAGCAGCUCCGGGAGCAGUACGAUGUGCUUCGUCUCGCAUUUAGAUACAUCCAAGGCGCUCCGCCCAUUGCUCUCCUUGACACUCACUGCCUCUCACCUGAUACCUUCUCCCACUGCCGUUCCUUCCUCCUCUCCUCGCUGCACCUCCCCUCCUCGUGGCCCGUCUUGUCCAUCCCCUCUCUGCUGAAACCACCUGGCGAGUUGGAUUCACCUGCACCUGCCAAUGCAUCUGAGACCGAAGGAUUGCCUGAGAAAUCACCUGAGGAGGCAUCGGCUGCGCAGGAAUCACCUGAAGAAUCACCUGACAACAGCAACAGCAGCAGCGUAAUCGAGGAAUCAGCCCACGUUCUCUGCCCCGCCUCUGUGGGAGCUUUGCUUUGCUCGGUGAUGCACAUAUCUAGCCUCUCACUUGAGCUACAGCAAGUGGCGAAGAAGAUCCAAGCAGGCGCGCAGGGAGUGGGGAUGAAUCGAGAAGGGGUGAGUGGAGCUGAUACAAGCAGGUCAACCGAGUCAACUCAGUUGAAGCAGCCAGAGGAUUCCAGCAAGUGGGCGGCGCUUUGGCACGCAGCAGAUGCCCUCUCUUCCGGCCGGCUUUCCCACACCCUCACCACCGUCACUCCACACCUGCACCACCUGCACCAGAUGUACCUCCCCUUCAAACCCCACCUCCAUCAAGCAUCUGCUCUCGUCGUGUCAACUGCUCCCAUCCGAAAGCAACAGUUUGAAGUGCUGUAA